GCAAUCAAUCCACUGAACAAUAUGACUGCACCUAAUCAAACGCCUGCACCUAAUCAGACAAAACCAUUAGACACAGACAGAGAAGUCAGUACAAUUCCUAUGGGUGGGUCGCAUAGUGGAUCCAAUUGGAUUUAUCCAACUAUGUUUUUUAAUGCCAUGCGUCGUAAGAGCUGGGAUGCCAAGGAAGACGAUAUGAAAGUCAUUGUGCCGAUUCAUAACGCUGUGAAUGAACGAUGUUGGAAACAAAUUCUGGAAUGGGAGUCGCUUCAUUCAAGCACAUGUUCCCAGCCAAAACUAUUGAAAUUUCAAGGAAGACCAAAGGACUAUUCACCAAAAGCUCGAUUUCGACAACUUCUUGGAUAUAAGCUUCCUUUUGAUCGACACGACUGGACUGUUGAUCGAUGCGGAACCACUGUAACAUACGUGGUAGAUUUCUAUACAGGCCAAUCUAGUAGUCCAACCGAUCUUGCCUUUUACCUGGACGUCCGACCUGCAAUUAGCUAUCAAGGAAUAACUGACAGGCUGUUCAAAUUCUGGAAA